AUAUAGUCCGGAGCCGGCGUGUGGAGUUCCUACACAGCGAUUGACGAGGGAGAGGGAGAAAGGAGGGAAGGAAAAAGAAAGUGAAGAGGCUCGAUCGAUGUCGGGGGGCUUCGAGAAGGCGGGGGCAUUGUUUCAUUUGUUUUUAGUUGUCGUUUGAGGGGCGCCUACACCAAAGACUCCAAACCAAAAUGCUUUGCCACGUUACCCGUCCGGACUCGGUGGUGAUGGAAGUGGAAGUUGAUGCCAAGGCGAACGGAGAAGACUGCUUGAAUAAGGUUUGCAGAAAGUUGGGGAUCAUAGAAGUGGACUAUUUUGGUCUACAGUUGACGGGCAGCAAAGGAGAGAACCUGUGGAUGAACCUGCGAAAUCGCAUCUGCCAGCAAGUAGACAACGUGACGCCGUGCCGGCUGCGGCUUCGCGUCAAGUUCUUUGUUGAGCCUCAUCUCAUUCUACAGGAGCAAACCAGACACGUCUUCUUCACUCACGUGAAAGAGGACCUCCACAACGGCCACCUGCGCAUGGGCUCGGAACAGGCAGAGGAACUGAGCGCCCUGCUGGCCCAGGCGGAAUUCGGUGACUACAACCAAAACACGGCCCGGUACUGGUACUCGGAGCUCUGUGGCGAGGAGCCCUGUCCCGCGACUGUCAACAGCAUGGUGUCCAAACACAAGGCCUUGCGAGGCUUGAGCCAGGCCUCUGUGGAGUACCAAGCCCUACAGCUGGUCUCCUCGCUGGAACAUUACGGCGUGGAAUGGCACUGGGCCCGCGACGCCAACGGACAGCGAUUGGCCAUCGGCGUGGGACCCGAAGGCAUCGCCGUGUGCAAGGAGGACUUCGGCCUCAUCAACCGAGUCAGCUACCCCGUCAUCCAGAUCGCCACCCAGUCUGGCAAGACCGUGUACCUGACGGUCACCAAGGACAACAAUGACAGCGUGGUACUUAUGUUCAAGCUCAUCAGCAACCGCGCUGCUAGCGGCCUCUACCGCGCCAUCACGGAGACGCACGCCUUCUACCGGUGCGACACGGUGACCAACGCGGUGAUGAUGCAGUACAGUCGCGACUUCAAGGGCCACCUGGCCUCGCUCUUCCUCAACGAGAACAUCAACCUGGGCAAGAAAUACGUCUUUGACAUUCGCCGCACCUCCAAGGAAGCGUACGACUGCGCCCGCCGCGCACUCUACAACGCCGGCGUGGUGGACUCUGCGUCCCGCUCGGGGGGCGAGCGCUCGCCUGGUCGGAGAGACGGCUCGGACGACGACGAAGGCUCCGACUGCGGCAGCUGCCGGCAAAGCCGGGCACUUCAGGAGAGGCUUCACAGAGUGCGCGACGCGCUCCUGUGCACACUGUGUUGCGAAGAGCAGAUCGACGCCGCCUUUUGUCCGUGCGGACACCUGGUGUGCUGCCAGACGUGCGCCGACCAGCUCCAGGCCUGUCCGGUGUGCCGUUCAGAGGUGGAGCACGUGCAGCGUGUCUACCUGCCCACUUGCGCCAGCCUUCUCAACUUGGCCAUAGCCGACCAACGGGCCAACGCCGUCCCCGUCUCCAUCCACCACAAUUUGGACGACCCCCGCGGCCCCGACGGCUACGACAAAAUCUUCACGCACACGUGAAGGACGCCGCUUUUGUUUCUCGAGCACUCCCUGACUUUUGCGUGCGUGUACUGCCAAAUUCUUUUAGUGCUCUCUUCCCAAAUGAAAAGAUCAGUUGAGCUGAUGUUUCUCACUUGCGCGUUUUAUCUCAAUUUCAUUUAUUUUACUUUUUAAAGCUUCCCCAACAUUUUAAGUUAACUCAACUUUUAUCGAACAGUGUUUUCUUUUAUCUAAAGUUCGUUUCCAUGCUUCGACAGAGUAUUAGUAUGGAACCCCAAAAUGGUCUAAAUUUAAUCCAUAAAAACAUUUUGAAAUAAUGCCAUUUUGAUAAAUAACAAUUGUGCAAUAUGGCACCUAAAUUGUAAAAUAAAGGAAUUUUAUUAUGAUGAAAAUUUGAUUUCAAAAUGCCUUUUUCCACGAUAGCCUUUGAUUUCAUAAUGUCGUUUUCCAGCACAAUGAGAUUUAACAAGAUAAGAAAUGUUUUCGUAGUCAUUCUUUUCAUAAUGUCUUUUUCCACAAUGGCCCUUUUUAUUUCAUAAUGUUGUUUCUCAGCAUAAUGAAGCCUGUGCUGUCAACCAAAGUUGGUUAAGGGAAUUGCUACAUUCACUCGGAUGAACUUGUGGAGUGGGUAGUGUCACUUUCAGACUUACUCAGAGAAGUUGCAAACCGCUUGGAUAGUAACAAAUGGCCUUGACCUCAGCCUGAGUGCAGAUUUUUGAAUAGAUGCUUUCUGGAAGUUUACCUAACAGUUCAUCGAUGCUACUAAAUGCUAAAGGCCAGACUCCAUGAUCCAGUCAAUCACUUGACUGACUCAGACUUAUGGAUUUGAUUGACAGAAGGCAAGUCAAUGGACCCCCUAAUAGGACAUCGACAGAAAUAAAAUGAAUUUAAACCAUCUGGUGUGCACUGGAUAGUAUGUGGUGCACACUAGAAACAAUCCGGUGCUAACGAGAUGGUAUGUUGUGGGCAUUAGAAACUACGUGGUGCGCACCAGAUGGUAUGUGGCGCGCAUCAGAAAUGAUCUGGUUCGCACCAGAAAGUAGGUGGAACACACCACAUACAGUCUGAGCGCACCAGAAACUAUCUGGUCCACACCACAUACAAUCUGGUCCGCACCAGAAACUAACUGGUCCGCACCACAUACUAUCUUGCGCGCACCAGAAACUAUCUGGUCCGCACCACAUACUAUCUGGCGCACACCAGAAAUUAUCUGGUCCGCACCACAUACUAUCUGGCGUGCCGCAAAUAGUACGUGGGGGUGCACCAGAAACUAUGUGCGCACCAGAUAGUACGUGGCACGCACCAUGUUCUAUCUGAGCACACCAGAAACGAUCUAGUCCUCACCACAUACUAUCUGGCGCACCGCGGAUAGUACGUGGCGUGCACCAGAAACUACCUGGUGCGCACCACAUACUAUCUGGUGUGCACCACAUACUAUCUGGCGCUCACCGGAUAGUACGUGGCACGGACCAGAAACUUUCUGGCGCGCACCAGAUUGUACGUGGCCCACACCAGAAAUUAUCUGGUGCGCACCAGACCAGAUGGUACGUGGCGCACCAGAAAUUAUCUGGUUUGCACAAGACCAGAUGAUAUGUGGCGCGCACCAGAAAUCAUCUGGUGCCGCAACAUACGGUACUUUCUGAGCGCACCACAUACUAUCUGGCGCGCACCGGAAACUAUCUGGUCUGCACCACAUACUACCUGUCGUGCACCAGAAACGAUCUGGUAAGUAAUGCAGUGAUAUCUUCAUAGUUGAGUUCAAGAUUGAAGUAAAGCUCAACUAAAUCCUGCAUUAUCAUGAUCACGACAAAACUGUCUGAUGCGCACCAAAUAAUUUAUGGGGCGCACCUGAUAUGUUCUAGUGUGCACCACAUACUAGCUGGUGCACACCAGAUGGUUUAUUUUUUAUUUCUAUGUCCCUUUAGGGGCUCUGUACAAUUCAGUGUGCUGAAAAACAUUAUGAAAUAAAAAGGUCAUUGGGGAAAAAGACAUUUUGGGGGGAAAAAACGCUUUUAUCUUGUAAAAUCUAAUUAUGCUGAAAAACAACAUUAUCAAAUAAAAAGGCUAUUGUUGAAAAAGGCAUUAUGAAAUUUAAAGCGUUUUUGUUUUUUUGUAAAAUCUUUGUCAUAAUAAUAUUAACUUAUUUUACACUUUAAAGACCUUAUUACACAAUUUGUCGGUUAUUUAUCAAAAUGUAAUUCAUUUGAAAUGUUUUUAUUUAAUUUGGACCCUUUUUCGGGUUCCAUAUAUAAGGGCUGCACAGAAUAAACCGGUUAAAGUUAGGACAUGUCAAAUGUACGGAUGCAGCACAGCUAAAUCUAAAUCCAACAACUUUAUGUACAUUUGUCUACUUUUCAUAAUAUUGACAUGUAAUGUUAACGCUGGACGAGAAAAAAUACAAAUAAGAGCACCAAUAGAUUCAUAUCGCAGCGCUACGUUUCACAAGGUCGUAAAUGACAACUUAGCCAUGCUGCAUCCAUACAUAUUACAUAAAAUACUUGUAACGUUAGUGUAGCCCUAGUACUCCUACAACAACAAGGAGGCUAAAGCUUACAUCACUCCGCUUUUUAACUGAGCACACCAUUUACGUUGAAUAACUCCAUGCCAAAGGACAGCACAAACAAAACUACCUGCAAAUGAAAAUUAAAAGCUUCCCGAAAGCAAGGGUGGGCUAACUCGGGGGCCCGAAUGACAUUUACUCGGUAUUUCUAAUACGCGUAUGUCUACUGAAAUGAAGUGAAAAUCUCUUGCCUUAACAUCAGACAUGACAAAACUUCCUUUAACUUCCUGUCCAUGCUCUGAUUUUGUUGGUCGACGUGUUUUAAGUUAAUCUUAAAGAGCCUAGAUUAACUCAUUGACAGCGCUAGGCGUGGCAGCGAAUGAACUUUCGUUCAUUCGCUGCCACCCUCCCACGUCAAAAGGAUUGGACAUCUACUAGGGAUGAACUCAUUUCCGUUCACGGCAGAAUUGAAUGCGUCAAAAUGGCCGCCCGCCCCUGCUUUCAAAGCCUCCUCGCUAUCGAGAAUUCCGCGCGAGUUUUGGAAGGGUACAAAGAUGCGUGCAAUUUUUUUGUUUUUAUUUAAAUGUCAACUAUUUAAGAAGUACAUUGUCACUUUAGCAAGGAAACUGCAUCCACACUGUUUUAGUUUAAGGAGUUUUGGCCUUAAUGUAGCAGCGCCGCCAUCUUUGUUUCCAACAUUUGUUUUUUUUCUUACCGCAAAGAAGAAAAAGUAGCGAUUUGUUUCUGUUUUCUGAAGCAUUCUACGCUCUGUAAGAUAUCGUUUGCUUUUGACGAAGUAUUAAUAAAGUUUUUUUAAUGAAUAGAAACUUGGCUUUGAUUCGUGUGAGUGAGUCAAAUGGAAUUUUAACUGUUUUCAGGGUGUUGACGUCUUCUGUUGUGGCUAUGAGCUCAUUGAAAGAAAACAUGAUCGCAUUAGAAUAGUGUCACAAAGAGGACUAACAGGUUUUCAACAGGAAGGUUACUAUGUGUCAGGUAAACAAACUGAUCUGGUACGGUGUCAGCUAGUUUUAGCAUUGGUUUUUAUUAUUUUUCUCUUUUUGUUUCUGUUAAGGGCUACAUCGUUAUUUUGGUUUCCUCGGGUGAAGAACUGUCUAAUAAUAUUGGUCAUACACUAAUAUCGGCUGAUGAAAGUAUUUAAAAUAACACCGCUGUAGGUACACAAUCCAGUCAUCUUUGUAAAUCUCCCUGGAACCGCACAAAAAAAAAGUUCCAGUAUCAUCACCUUGUGCAGAUUCUUGACUCAUCACUGAAAAUAACCUUCAGCCAGUCCUGCACAGUCCAUGAUUGCCUCUCAUUUUUUGCCCAUUGCAGUCUUGUUCUUUUCUGUUAAGUGUCAAUGAUGGUUUCCUUUUAGCUUUCCUGUAUGAAAAUCCCAUUUCCUUUAGGUGAUUUUGCACAGUUCUGUCAUACCUUGACUCCAGCUUCCUCUCAUUUCUCCAUUUGUCUUGUUGUACAUCUUCUGUUUUCAAGACGUGUGGCCUUAAGUUGUUUGUUAUGACGUUUGGAUGUCUUCCUCGGUCUACCAAUACGCUUAACUUUAACAACCUUGCCAUGCUAUUUGUACUUGGUCCAGAUUUUUUAAUACAGCUGACUGUGAACAGCCCAUAUCUUUGGCAACCAUACCAGUAGCGUUCCCUUCUUCAAGAAGUUUGAUAAUCCUCUCCUUGGUCUCAAGAGACAUCUCUCUUGUUGGAGCCCUGAUUCCUGUGAAUCGACUUGGUCCAGCAGUCCUCCAAGGUGUCAUAACUGCGCUGUUUUUAACUGCUGACUAACGAGCAGACCUAAUCUGAGUCGGAGGCCCAUUUAAGAAAAAGAAAUUGACUGGUUGUCUGUAUUUUCUACUCAAAAUGGAGUGAUUCCAUAUUUUUUUCUUCAGAAUGGAGUGAUUCUAUAUUUCCCCGCACUUGCUCUAUAAAAGUAACAUUUA